UAGACCAGCUGCCCAAUGGAGCAGACAGUGGUGCUGAUCACAGGAUGCUCCUCGGGGAUAGGCCUCAGUCUGGCCGUCCGGCUGGCCUCGGAUCCAGCAAAAAUAUACAAAGUCUAUGCCACCAUGAGGAAUCUUGCCAAGAAGGAGCGUCUGCUGGACUGUGUGAAGGACCUGCACAAGGACACCCUGGACAUCCUCCAGAUGGACAUCACUGACCAGCGGUCCAUUCUGGAUGCCAGGGACAGGGUCAGGGAGAAGAGGGUGAACAUUCUGGGUAUGACCAGAGUCAUGACUUACAGGAAUAGUGUUAUAUCGUGUGUGUGUGGUUGUGUGCGCGAAACAGAAGAACAGAUGUCCCUAAUAUUUUUACAUCAACAACAAUUUCUUUACAUGUGUACAGCAUACAGGAUGUCAUGUGCUCUGGAUUUCUGUUUGUCUGUGGUAUUCAUGUUGGCAGUGUGUAAUGCUGGUGUGGGGUUGAUGGGGCCGCUGGAGGCCCAGUCUCUGGCAACCAUGAGGCAGAUCCUGGAGGUCAACCUCCUGGGCACCAUCAGCACCAUCCAGGCAUUCCUACCAGGGAUGAAGGCCCAGGGCCAUGGACGCAUCCUGGUCACUGGCAGCAUUGGUGGGCUACAGGGACUCCCCUUUAAUGAGGUGUACUGUGCCAGUAAGUUUGCAGUAGAGGGCGCCUGUGAGAGUCUGGCCAUUCUCCUGCAGCACUUUAACAUCCAUGUGAGUCUUAUUGAGUGCGGCCCUGUCAACACGGAUUUCCUGGACAACCUGCAGAGGGCAGAGCCAGGGGACUCUUCGCUGCAGCAGGUCGACGCCCACACACGCAGCCUCUAUGACACGUACCUGCAACACUGUGGGAUGGUGUUCCAGAACGCAGCUCAGGACACAGAGGAUAUUGUGAAGGUAUUUCUGGAUGCCAUCCAGUCAACGAACCCUGCAUUCAGAUACUACACCAACAAUGCCCUCAUUCCGCUCAGCAGCCCUAAGAUCUCAGCGCUGGACGGGUCCCAGUACAUCAGAAAUAUGAGCAAGAUCAUCUUCUCAACUAAUGGGAAAGGGGAACAAAAAUAGCCAUCAAACUAUGGAAUGUAAUAUAACCCUUUACUUUAUACAUACAGUACCAGCCAACAUUUUUAGAACGCCUACUCAUUCCAGGGUUUUUCUUUAUUUUUUAGUAUUUUCUAUAUUGU